CUUAAAACGGAAUAAUAUUUUGGCAUCGAUCCAUUCCUGCAGAUUAAAUCAAAAUGAAAGUUGGCUAACAACGACUUUUAAAACUCAAAUUUCCCCUUCGUCAUAUUGGAUUGUUCCAAAGAUGGACGCGCCCUGUACGUUCAGAAGAAGUAAAACGAAUGUGUUAAAGAAGAGAAGGAGGGCCUAUCUGUACUCGUUGAACUGGAGGAGUUCCAUUAUCUGUCAAGUUCAGCGUCUGUGUGCAUCUUAUUGUAGCUAAGGAAUAUCAGGAUACUUGGCAAUGCACAGACGAUAUGCUUCGCUCCCUGAAUGGUCUAUGUACGUCUAAAGGAUCGUUUCUCAUAACCAUGAAUUGCAAUGACCUAUACAGAGAGGUGGAGCUCUCCCUCACUCAUUCAUUCCCCAGACCAGCUUAGUUCUAGUCAGUGUCCCGAGUUACCUGCUACUGAGGAGAAAGGACCCUGGCACUGUCAGGAGCUGUGCCAAAAACCAACACUGGUGUGGAUGCCAGUACAUCGCAGGGCACUUCACGGAUAACCUGCCAGGUUAGAGCUGUCAAUAAGUCUAACAAGGACCACGUUACAAGUGUUUCCAUAAAUCGUCUAGGGUCAUCUGCAAUGGAGACGGAAUGCAUCAUGCUGUUACCCUCAGUCUGUGCAGUAUUAGCCAACCCAGAGCUGCCAAUUCCUGAUGACACAUGUCUAGAAAAGCUUCUGGACUGGUUCAAAGUGAUGACUUGUAAAGCGCCAGUAGAGUCUCUGAUGCAGCAGAAUACUUGUUUGACCGAAUUAAUUGCUACAGUAAUCAAACAAAAGGAUCCAGAGCCCUGUAUGCUCUCCUUCAUCUUCAGAUUAACUGGACUGCUUGCAGCAUCAGUUGACGGAUUCAGCUUUUUAGAGCAUUUAAGACUUCUGGGUGAAGUCUUUGGGAACAGGGAACUGAUGCAGAAGAGGACUUGGGAAGAUGCCACUGUGAGGUGUGGGUGGAUCCAUGGACUCCUGAAUGCUGUGCAGAAUUUGAAAGCCUUCCAGUUUAUUUUGAAAAAUGGCAAGUAGCUUAUUGAAGUCAUCCUGCCACUUCAACAAGACUGCAGUCUUUUUGUCAGCUCUGCAGCGAGCCAGUUGUUAAUACAACUGCUUACUCUUCCAGCACAGCAGUCUAUGAAUGCCCCUGUACUCCGUGGUGACGGUCAUAGUUCUGAUAUGAAGGAUCUGUUACAGAGCACCUCUAAUGAGAAUCAUGAAUGGACAGAUGUGGUAAAACAUAUUGGUAUGCAUGUAGAAGAGACUCUUCUCUCGGGUGAACCUUUCCAUAUUGAACAGUCUUUGAAGCUGAUGACUUUGGCUUGUAAGAGAUGUGAGCCCUGGAUUUUGCAGAUAUUGUGGGAGAAGGUAGUAGGACACAUUGAGAGCUUGCUUGAAACACAUCCGACUACUCUGACCCAGCCUUUAGUGGAGCUUUUACUUUCGGUGUCAAGGACCCCUAUAUACCAAGAAGCUGACUCCACGAUUUCUACCUUACUAAUGCACUUUCUCCGGACUAUUAGUCCAGCACAAGCUGGGUCUUUGGCAUCAGGAAUUUUGAAUCUGAAGAACUGCCCGCAAAGCCUAGGUAUGUCAGCUAUCAGUGUGAUCCUUCAUCCUUUGGAGUUUAUACUUUAUUCAGCUAGUCAGCAGCCACAGGAUCCAGGCCUACUUGAAACACGUUUUUAUGAAGACAUGACUAUUGAAGAGCAGCUAUGCAGAAAAACAUCCUGUAUUGCACUCUUGGGCAACUCACUUUCUCAUAUUCAUGAACUUUUAGAAAUUAUUACCCAGCCGUAUUAUGCCACCCAUUUUCGACCUGAAGCGAUCCUCAGUUCUGUCCUGUUGGUGCUACAAAUGUGCAUUGGCGCUGCUAUUCCCACCACCCCAGCUGGAUCUCAGAUUUGUAGACACUUGAUUGGGAGUGUGAAAGUUCAAAAAUUUGCCGUGGAUGCACUUGGAAGCAUUUUACAUUUGAAAGGAAUUGUUGUUUCAGAUUCUGUCCAUCAUUUACUGCUAGAAUACCUCAGGAAUCCUGAUACAGAUUCACUUGUUUUGAAGAAAGUCAUGCAAGCUACCUUAAAAUAUGUUUUGUGCUUCUCUGACCUAACAGCGAUGUGGCCAAUCUUUGACAAAGAUCUAUUUCCUGUCUUGAAGAAACGCCUCUGUGACAUCCGGUGGGAAGUCAGGGAUUCUACUUUAGAGCUUCUUACACACCUCACUUUACAUCUCCAAGACAAUGAAGAAUUUCCACCUCUUCUUCUAAAUUCUGGAAUUCUUCAAAUUGCAAUGAGUUUGCUGAAAGAUCAUGAAGGAUAUGUUCGUGCAAGUACUGUUUCUUUUUUGGGACAAGCCAUCUAUAUAAUGAAUAACAAAGAUGAUAAGUUAAAUUCUAACACCAUCCAAUUUACACAGGAAGGAAUUGUGUCCCAGCUAGUUGACAUUUUAUCCCAGGAUUCAGAGAGCUUUCCAAGACGAGCCGCACUCAGGGUGUUUACAGGCUGGCUGCAGCAGUGUUCCCGACUGCCAAUAGAAAAUUUUGAAGAAUCCCUGUCGGUGGUUUUUAAAGUGGGUUGCAGUGAUUUUGAUUGGGAAGUCAGAGUUCACAGUUUAGAGCUUGCAGAAGUGUGGAUCGAUCAGACUCUUGCUAACACACUCGUCCCUUCCUGUCCCUAUGCUGUUACACCAUCAACAGAUUUGAAGAGAAAAUCUCUAAGUGAAUUGAUGCUGAAAUUAAAAACAUUACAGAUAUUUGACAUUCUGUUUGUGGGACUGCAUGACUGUGAUCGACCAGUUGCUCAAAAGGCCUGUGCAGUUUUAAUGUCCUUGCAAAAAAUAAUAUUUGAAAAAGGGGACUUUCCAACUAAUGAGGUUAGUACUAAUGGACAUGAAAAAGCAGGCAGUAUACUGAAAGAUUGCUUUUUAACACAGAACAGUGCUGCACAGACUGGGCUUAUAAAUCUAACUGGCAAAACAGUAGACAACAUUGCUGAAAUAUUGGCUGCGCUGGAUUUGAAAACAAUACAGAACAAUUUAGGACACAGCAGCGACUACAUACAAAAUAGUCCUCGCUCUCUUCUUCAGGAUAUUCUGGCUGUAGCUGAAACCACAGUUGACAAUGUUAUUGACUGCUAUUAAAUGUCUGGAAUUUUAAGGUCA